GGGAUGGUCUGAGGCAGGGUCAGGGGCUGUGCAGCUCAAUGUACUUCACUCAGGAUCCCAAAUUAAGUGAUUUAGGUCCUGUUUAGGAUAAGCAAGAGAGGAGGCUGUCCAAAGUUCACUUUACUUUAGUGCAACCACCAUAAGAUUCGGGUUAUGUUGCUUUAUGUGUGUAGUGUAAAAUUUUAAGUAUACAUAAUAGGUGUGUAUGGAUGGAUACCAGGUGAGCCAAAACCUAAAAUUUCUUACUUUAAAGAGUUCUAACUUUGUAUUUCCCGUGUUGGAUGCAAAGUGCCUGGACAAUUAUGAAGUUCACUAAAAGAAGCCAACACAGGUAGCUAAGUAAUUUUCCUUUAAAUCAGAGUUUUCCUUGUUUUUUUGAGAGCAGAGUGUAGGGUUUGAAGAACAGUAGUCAUGAAGGCAUGAGCCACACAUGUAAAAUUCCUUCUCAUUUGCUGAAGAGAUCUGAGUGUUUCUCCAGUGCUGAUCACUUUUAAUUGGUAUUUUUAUAGGACCAGCUCUCACUGACUUAUUAUGGCAUCCAACAAAUUUGUUAUUAAGUGUGGGAACUUUGCUGUCUUGGUGGAUGUUCAUAUUUUGCCUCAAGGUUCCAGUAAAGACACCAGCUGGUUUUCAGAUCAUGAGAAAGAGGAGGUCUGCAAGCUCCUAGAAGAAGUUGUUGCUUCAAGGGUCAAACAUUACUUGGAGGCACCUAAACAACGUGGUCAGUGGAAACCCAUGGAACAUGGAUCAGCUGGGCCUUUGUUUCUUACUGCCAACAGUUUGCACAUUACUGCCUACUUUAUGAAGAGAUGGGUUAAUCUCCGUUGUGCUCUAGGGAAACGUUAUCGUGAGCUCCGUGUGUUUCCAGAGAAAUUUAUCGUUUGUGUCAGUAAACUUGACUUUGAUCCAAGUGCUUGGACAUGUGACACUGGUGGAUUGAAAGAAGAACUUUCCAAUGGGACGUCUGAAUAUUUUACUGAAUCUGCUGAGAACAAGAAGCCUAAAAUUAGUCUGAGUGAACAAAUAAAGCGAGACAUCUUGAGGAAAAUUGUAAAGAGGACAAAACCAAGGAGAAGUAGUGCAAGCAAACCUCAAAUCAGCAAGGACUCCACGAAAGUGUCUCUUGGCUCAGCACACUCACAGACAGAGAACAGAAAGAACGACUGUCAGACCUCUCUCAGUGCUCGGCCUGAUGUGAAACGGAGGAGUCCAGGCCUGCUGAAGGACUGCACAAACACAGCUGAGAGCAGCUUGGAGCUUCCUGUAUCAGAGCAGAGAAAGCCAGAUGAUGUUCACAGCCAGCAAAAACCUCACUCUCUGCAGUGGUUGGAGGCAAGUGUUGGAAGUGAGAACCCUCCUUGCAGCUCUGAGUCAGCACUGCCGGCUCCAAAACAAAGUCAGAGAGUGACCAAAACACAGGCUCAGCUAAAGACCUGUGCUUCAGAGGAAAAGCUGAAGCAUUUCACAAAAGUGUCCUCUGAAGGGACUCCUUUAACUUCUAUCAAUACAGAAAUGAGCAAGUGUGAUGAUAAUUGUUUGGAGGAGAAGACACCCGUGAAUUCUAGACUGUUUGCAAAGCAAGACAUGAUAAAGACUGUGGUUGACAAGAAAUCAUUGACUUUGAGAAAAAAACCCUCCUGGUCUCUUUCUGUGAGCAACAGUGCAGUGCAGACAAGCCAAAAUGAGCCAAGCACAGCCACAGAAGAACUGCCUGCAGUGCUAACAUCAUGUCUAGAACUGCACCCCAUACCUUCAGAGAAGGGGUCCCAAAAAAGAAAAAAAGAAGUGGAAAAUGGUCUUGGGAAGUUAAAACUGCGAAGGCUUAAGAAGUCAAAAUCUGAAAUACUGCCUUGACAUCCUGGGUGGCCAGCCAGAGUUGUGCAUAAGCAAAGAGUAGGAAGCAAUUCAAAAUGAUGGAAAAUAAUAAAAAUACAAAAUCAAAAUUGGAGAACACAUUUUAAGAAAAUUUAGUUAACGAAGGAUCUUAGUCAUUUGGGACUGUAAUAAAGGUAAUCCUUUUAAGUCUUUAGGAAUUAGUCAUUAUUAUUGCACAAGUCAGCAUCAUAUUUAUGGAAAUAAAAAUCUCAUAUAAAAUGAUAUCUACUAAGCAAUAUUUUAGAUUUAUACAUAUUCAGUGCUAUUAAAAAAGUCGUAUCAGCUGAUGACAGCAAAAAUUAAAACCCCUCGUGUGAUCUGUUAGCAGCUGCAGUUAUUUGGUAUCUUGCUUGUUUCUGAGCAUGUAGUUAAUUUCAGUAAAAUUUGACCCUUUCUCUAUAUCAGAAAAUUCAUGGUUUACUCACAUGAUCUGUACAACAAUAAAGCAAAUUAAGUUUAUUUCAGAUAAAUCUUUAACCAGGAUUAAUAGCUGA